UCCACCUCUUUCAAAUGUCAAACGGUUACAACGAAGAAACCAAGAAAUCCUCUGCUGCCGCUGGCGAGAUGGCAGUGCUGAGUGUUUACGUAAACGAAUACUGGACACAAUCAAAGAAGAUACUUUAAAAAAAAAACGCAUGCAUUUGUAUCUCUGGAAUCGCUGGCAGACCUUAAGGAUGCGAUUUAGUGUGCCCAGGCGAGCAGCAGAGGUGCUCGGCUCUGCCUUCGGAAGAGGGACCUGCAGCCAUGUUUCGGCUCGGUUCCGGUCCACAUCGUCCAUGACAGGUUACACAGAGCUGGCCCGGGAGCGCUCUAAAACUGUCACCUCAUUUUACAAUCAGUCUGCUAUAGAUGUAUCCGCUGAAAAGCCUUCUGUUCGCCUCACUCCUACCACUAUGCUGUAUUCUGGGAAGUCGCCAGAUGGGAGCCACAUCCUUAGCAGUGCCAGGUACCUCCAUAUGGAACUACCCGUCAGAAUUGCACAUCGCAUAAAAGGAUUCCGUAGCCUGCCUUUCAUUAUAGGAUGCAAUCCAACAAUACUCCAGGUGCAUGAACUUUACAUUCGGGCCUUCCACAUGUUGUCAGACUUCCCACCUAUUACAGAUCAGGAGACAGAGAUUCGCUACAGCAGAAUGGUCCAGCAACUUUUGGAUGAUCACAAAGAUGUGGUGACUAUGCUGGCUGAAGGAUUCCGUGAGUGCCGCAAGCAUGUUCAGGAUGAAACUCUGAUUCGGAAUUUUUUGGACACAACAUUGACAUCACGUCUGGGAAUCCGAAUGUUAGCAACUCACCACCUAAAACUUCAAGAAAAUAAUCCUGACUUUGUGGGAAUUAUUUGUACACGGCUGUCACCAAAGAAGAUUAUUGAGAAAUGGGUGGACUUUGCUCGGCGGCUCUGUGAACACCAGUAUGGUGGUGCUCCACGAGUUCGAAUUAAUGGUCAUGUGGCAGCUCGCUUUCCUUUCAUUCCAAUGCCAUUAGAUUAUAUCCUACCAGAAUUGCUGAAAAAUGCUAUGAGGGCAACAAUGGAGAGUCACCUUGAUACACCUAACAAUGUUCCAGACCUGGUUGUGACGAUUGCCAACAAUGACAUUGACUUCAUCAUUAGGAUUUCUGACCGUGGAGGAGGAAUCCCUCACAGCAUUGUCGGCAGUGUGCUAGACUAUCACUUUACCACAGCAGAGGAGAGUAAUCAGGAUCCACGGGUCAACAAUUUUUUUGGAAACAUGACCAACAGUAACUUUAAUAAUGGCCCAAUGCAUGGAUUUGGCUUUGGCCUGCCAACAUCGCGAGCAUAUGCAGAAUAUCUUGGUGGCUCACUUACUAUCCAGUCAAUGCAGGGAAUUGGAACAGAUGUCUACUUAAGAUUGCGACAUAUUGACGGCAAGGAGGAAAGCUUUCGCAUCUGAGAAACACAAUAAAGUUCACUACAACUCUAAGGAUGAUGGGAUUUGAGUGUUACAGGUCACAGACAACUGGUAUCGUAGAGAUUAUUUAAGUGGAUUUGCCAGUGGAAGGACUUCAAGAAAACCUCAAGGAAGGUGUGGAUGGAUGCACAAUUUUUUAAAUUAAUUUUUUUAUAUGACUGGCAUGUAGAUGGAUCUUUUUCUCUAUUCUUUAAUGGAUAUAGUAAAGUGCCUUAAAUAUUUUCCAUGUGCUUGUCCACUUCUAGAUCAUUCUGUCCAUGUUUAGUGUAUCUCCUUUGGAUCUCACCGGUCAGACAUCCCACACACAUUCGUUUGAGAUGUUUUUUCUUCAAAAAGAACUUGACAAACAUUUAGAGAAGCUAUUUACUGGAACUUGCAGAAAUGAAAGCAAAACCAUAUUUUAACUACAUUUCAUAAGCACUGGAUGUGAUUCAGACAAAUUAUGACUUUUUAGAGUUCUGUGGGAGAGUAGGCAGUUGCUGCCAAGUGAGUGAAAUAUUUUUGAAAAUAAGAACUGGAACCUAAAAGGUGAAUUCUACUACUUUUUCUAUGUACUACAAAUGCAAGUAUUGCUGAGUAUAAUCCUCUCAAAGAGAGCUCAUUGUUAAUUAAGCAGUGUGCGCCCUCUAACUGCCAAAAAGGGUAUUUAAUAUUUCUGUGUCUAAAUGACAAUAUAUGGAAUGAAUCAGUAAGGCAAAAAGAAACUGUGAGAGCAGUGUCUAGUCACCUAAACCUACCAAUUUAAUUGGAUCUUCAAACUGUUGUUGUUGUACUAACUUUGUAUUUUGUUUAUUUGAAAAUAUAAUGAUUUGACUUAAAAAAAUGAAUCAUGUUUGUAUAUAGAACGAAAAGUGCUAAAUAGAUAUGCUAAUGUUUUUGGUGGUAGUAUGACUGAACAAUCAUGCAAGUAAUGCUUUUAAUCCUGUGGAAAUUGUUCUUUUCUGUUAUAUCUUUGACAUAUUUGAGCACAAAAAUUUGUGUGUUACUUAUUCACUUUAUCACUGGUCCUUUGCAAUUACAUCAGAUUUUCUAAAUUCCCUUUCCUAAGUUUUCUGUCCUUGCUCUUCUUUAUUUGUUUAAAAUUAAGUUUUGCAAUCUGGAUAAUAUGUGAAGUGCAGGUGUAAACAAUUUAAAACUAUAACCGUACCAUUCAGAUUAAUGUGUAGCUAAUAAUUGUCCAAAAUAUUCUCUUACUGUCCUAACUAGUAUUAUAAAUGUCUCAUAUGUCAAGAAGAAACUAACUUUCAGUAGUGUUCAAAGUCAACAAGCUGACGUGAAUUUGCACAUCCCAUAGUAGAGGUUAUCCAAUGUUUAUUCUCUGUGAUUGCUUAAGGCCUCUUUUAUUUCAUAUGGGUAUUAUGUACUUAUCCAUAUUUAUUCACCAUCACUAGCAGGCAAACAAAAGUAAAAGGCCAAAGAGUACUGUUAUGGAAAAAUAACUAAACCCAAGACUGCUUUGAGACCUAAACCUAAUCUGUAUGAUCAUCAGUAUCUGUCACAGCAGUUGCCAAGGUAAGGUCCUCUUCUAAGAGUGUCAAAUAUAAUCUUUAUGUCAUUAUAUGAAAGCGUUACUCCAAAACUUAAGUAUAUAAUGAAAGUUAACCUACCUAAUUCCAAUCUUUUUGUUAAUAGUCAUAACUAACAACUUCUUUGAUCACUCAUUAUUUUUUAUUUUAUUUUUUUAUAGAUGUCUUGCCUUCAUUGUGAAAUGAUAGUUUAUAAAAAUGAUAAAAGUCUAACACAAUGAUGUUUAUACAUUUUUAAUGAGUCUGACAUAGUUGCAAGCCAUUUGUAAGCAAAUUGCCUAAUUUAGCCAUUAACAUGACCAGUUCAAAUACACUGAAUUUAUUAAUGUAAAAGUGACUAGUUAUAGGACAUAAUGAUGAUAGAUGCAAAAUAAUAAAGAAUAACCACCAUUAUGUUCUACAUCAGUCUCACAUAAACUAUCUGGUACUAAGAUGUCUACGAAUCACAUUUACUCAUUUACAAACAAUACUGAUAAGUGUGUUCAUGCGUUUGGAAAUGAUAAACGGAAUGGCAUCCAGUGCAGCCAGUUUUCAUGAAAAUCCAACUGGUGUAGCAAAUGUACAUUAUUCAGUUCAGUUUAUUUUUGUUUUUUUCACUGCACUGUAGAGUAGGCUCAAAGCACUUUAACAUUUUUACUGAAAAAGUAUAAUUACAGACUUUACAUGCUGCACAGUGCACACACAUGAAAAUACAAUAAAACAAAGCAAUUUUAAUUGAUUACCAUGAGAACAUCCUAAACAUAUUAUGUCCAUUAAUAUUAUUGUUAGGAUAUGGCUGGUUGACAAUGGAGGAGGGGAAAAUCAAAAACUCCAGUGAGCAUCAUUCCUAGAGAAAAAUAAACCUCUGGGGGGUUAGUCAGACACAGUCACAGCAAACUGGCUGCCCACUCCUCCAGGUCAGUACACAUUUAUGCUGGGUAGUCUAAUGAUAAGGUAAGAUCCUUUCAUCUUUGGAUUCUAAGGUUCCCUGUAUCUGUGGUGUCUUUCCCAAGGGCUACAUAAGCAUGGAAGUAGAGCACUGACUCUUGAUGAGAAAAAAAACAGAGCAAGGUUAGUAACCAGUCAUAAUUACUGUAUUAUUACUUCGGGGCCCUGUAACUAAAAGUCUGGCCUCCCACUGUUUUAUUAAUCACUGGGAUCUUUAGUAGGAAGGCAUCUAGUCAUUCAAAAGUCAAAGUGAACUUUAUUGUAAUCUCAGCCAUAUACAAGUUUACAAACAGACAAAAUUGCGACGCUCAGGGUCCACAGCGUAACAUGACAUGCAAAUAAUAAAUUAAAAAUAGAAUUAAAAUUUAAAUUUAAAACACAAACAAGACAUUGUCCAAAGACAAGACAAAGAAGUAGCAGCAAUAUUGAUGUGUAAGAUAUGUAAUAUAAUAAAUAAAUAAUAGAUAUAGAUAAUACAGAAAUUAUCAGUGUAUGAUAAUAGUUGUUUAAGACAUGUGUAAACAGUGACAGGUCAGAAUGUUUCACAACAGAAGGAUAAGAAGAGUAUCAAAAUACUUAAAGGUCAGUAUGAGAUUUUCAGUUCUUUUCUACCUGCACACUCGUCUUUGCAGGACAGUGGCUCGCAUGUAUAAAAGUUUUGUUUUUAAAAGUGGUUGAGGCAGUGUGGAAGGUCCCAGGGGACAGCCUGGUAAGGAGUCUAACAGCUUGGGGGUAAAAACUCUCCUGCAGCCUGGAAGAUCUGGCUUUGAUGCUGCAGUAGCUUCUCUUGGAUGGCAGAAGUGUGAAAAGUCCAUGUGAGGGGUAUAAGGUGUCCUGUACAAAGCUGCAGGCCUUGCGGACACUGCAUUUGUAAAAUAUGUCCUGUAGUGAAGGGAGAGGCACCCCAAUAAUUUUCUCUGCUGUCUUCACUAUCCUUUGCAGGCGCUUGCGGUCGGAUAUGUUGCAGUUGCCAUACCAGACCGUGAUGCAGCUGAUCAGAACAGUGUCAAUGGUGCCUCUGUAGAACAUGGUGAGGAUGGAAGGGGGAAGACUUGCUCGCUUCAGUCGCCUCAGGAAGUGUAGUCUCUGCUGGGCUUUCUUGUUUAGUGAUGAAGCGUUAUGUGUCCACGUAAGUUCCUCAGUUAUGUGCACACCGAGGAACUUGGUACUACUAACAGUCUCCACAUCUAAACCGUUGAUGCUGAGUGGGAUGUGGGCAGGACGUGAUUUUCUGAAGUCCACGAUUGUCUCUUUUGUCUUGUCGACAUCGAGAGAUAGAUUGUUGUCUUCACACCAUGCAGACAGCCAUUCCACCUCAUCUCUGUAUGCUGUUUCAUCAUCCCUGCUUAUCAGUCCCAGCACCAUUGUAUAUUCCGCAAACUUGAUGAUGUGGUUGGUGUUGUGCAUGGCUGUGCAGUCGUGAGUCAGCAGGGUGAAGAGCAGUGGACUAAGUACGCAGCUCUGCGGUGCUCCAGUGCUCAGUGUGAUGAUGCUGGAAGUGUUGCAGCCCUUCUGAACUGACUGGGGCCUCUCUGUCAAGAAGUCCAGGAUCCAAUUGCAGAGGGUGGUGUUCAGGCCCAACCUGCUCAGUUUUACAACCAGCUUUUGAGGGAUGAUUGUGUUGAAGGCAGAGCUAAAGUCUAUGAAUAGCAUCCUGACAUAUGUGUCUUUUUUAUCCAGAUGUGUCAGGGAGAGGUGAAGGGCAGAGCAUAUGGCAUCCUCAGUUGACCCGUUUGAGCGGUAUGCAAACUGAAGAGGGUCAAGGGAGGCAGGGAGAUUAGUCUUUGUGUGACGUGACUAACCUUUCGAAACACUUCAUUAUGAUUGGCGUGAGUGCAACUGGUCGGUAGUCAUUCAAGCAUGUCACUGAUGACUUCUUCGGCACUGGUAUGAUCGUGGUCGACUUGAAGCAUGCUGGGACUGACAACUGGCUCAGAGAUGUGUUGAAGAUGUCUGUGAGGACACCAGCCAGUUGACUGGCACAUUCUUUGAGCACACGACCAGGUAUGUUGUCAGGUCCUGCAGCCUUGCGUGGAUUGACUCUGGAUAGAGUCCUCUUCACGUCAGUUAUGGAGAGACAGAGUACCUGGUCAGUGGAGGGAGGUGUUGCUUUUCUCAUAGGCUCUUUGUUCUGCUCCUCAAACCGUGUGAAGAAGUUGUUCAGCUCAUCCGGAAGGGAGGCAUCACCAUCGCUGCUGUGUGGGUUGGGCUUGUGGUUUGUAAUUGUCUGAGCGCCCUGCCAAAUACGACGUGUGUCUCUGGUGCUGCUAAAUUGUUUGUUGAUCCUCUGCGCGUAUGCCCACUUAGCUCUACUUGAAGCGCGAGACAGGUUGGCUCCCAUGGCAACGAUAUUAUUUUAGUAGUAAUUAUGAUUACAUUCCUUUUUGUGAUUAGAAUUUCUGAGCUAGUUUCAAAGUGCUUGAGAUUUCUAAAAAGGAUACUAGUUGUUCCUUGCCUUUUGAUUCACCUAAUGGCAAACAUUUUAGAGGAAGCCUAAAUCCUCCUUUAUUUGCUAAUGCUCAACUAGAAGCCAAACUUAUUCAUCAAUAUUAGAAUUAUAUUUAAAGAAUUGUUCAACCACUUCAGUAAAAUGGGACUUGUUAAGGAACUAAUAUAUAUUUAUAAUUCCAGCAACAGUUCUUUUGCCCUCUUGCCUUAUUGAUUUACAUUUCCACUCUAGUACAGUAGUUUAUGAAUUUACUGUUCAGCUCCUAGGAAUGAAUCUACUGUUCAAACAUUGUACUUUUCUUGCUGUCUGAUGUGCUUUAACAUUAUGAAUGCAUGAGGUCAGCUAUAUACAGUAUGCUGUGUCAGCUGAAUGUUCUCUCAGUGGACAGGAAAAUGGGUCUAUAAAACUGUUUCUCUUUAUAAGAAAUAUAUUAAUGCUGUUCAGUUAGUGGAUUUUUUGAAGUGUUAAGAUAUGUUCUUAGAUUUUUUGUGGUUCUUCUUUAAAUGUUUUAGGAGUGACCCACACCCAUCACCUAAUCUCUCUUGUCUUGCAUUGGUAUAAUAUGGCAGCUUGUUUGGUUAGUUUAGAUAGAUACUUUAUUUGUCUCCAAAGAGAAAUUAAAACUUUACAGACGUUGAAGAAAACUCUAAUUAUUAUUAAACAAACAACUAUAUCCCACACCACUAUCCC